GGUGGUGGUGGUGGUGGUGUGAUCAACCUCGUCGUCGCUUCGUUGCUGUGACAGCGGAGGCCUGAUUGGCUGCGCCCCAGCUACGUCGUCACUUUCGAGGGAGGAUCCGGAGGGGUCGUCGUUCGUCCCCCCUGUGCUCGACCUCCUGAGCAGCGGCAGAGACAGCGAAGGCGGCGAUGAUCUCGGCCAGACCUGUACUGCGCCUUAUGUUCCCCUCGCAAGGUUCGAGCAGCAGGAGUGUUUGUGGGAUCGAUGCGGAUGCGGAGGAUGGCGACGAGGCAAGCAAGGCAAGCAAGGCAAGCAAGGCAAGGCGUGUGAUGCGGUGUGAUGGCCUCGAUAACAUUGGGGUUGCGCUGCUGCGAUUCACGUCCGCGCCACGAGGCCUGCCGCAUCUCGGUGGAGGAUACCCGGGCACGGGCCACGGCGAAAGGGCGCCGCAUUGCCUCCUCGUCCAAGCCCUGUGUCCACAGCCACCAAGCCACAGACCAGACCGCUACAGACUAGCUCGACCAGCUGCCCGCCCGUACGCCCGUACGUACACGACCCCAGUAACAUCGACUUGCUCUUUCCCGGCCGCUGAGACAUCACAUGACGACAGCGUGGCAGGAGCAUGGCGACAACAUCACGAGAUAGCAGCAUGGGCACAAUGACAUGACAAGGAAGAGAGGCAGACAGGAAGGAGGGACGCGGGGGAACACCGCCACCACGUCUCGUGUCUCCUCGUACGCAGUACAAUAGAAGGGCCGAGUACGUGAUGAGGAGGUCUCGCCCUCACUCCGU